AGUGACUUGGUAGCUCCAAAAUGGUGAAAGUAUUCAUUGGGAACUUGGCGUCAGAGACGACUUCAGAAGAACUUCGCUCCCUCUUCUCCCAGUAUGGCAAGAUUGCAGAAUGCAGUGUCGUCAAAAACUUUGGCUUUGUCCACAUGGACAGCAAAGCGGAGGCUGAAGAAGCCAUACGUAACCUCAACAAUUACGAGCUAAACGGUCAACCCCUCAAUGUUGAAUUGAGUCGUGGCAGGAUGAAAGGAUCAACCAAACUGCAUGUUGGCAACGUUGCGUGCUCCAACCAAGAGCUGAGGGCUAAGUUUGAGGAGUUUGGUUCAGUGUUGGAGUGUGACAUUGUUAAAAACUAUGCUUUUGUUCACAUGGAGAGAUUGGAGGAUGCCAUGGAAGCCAUUGAACAGUUAGACAACUCAGCUUUUAAAGGUGAACCUUAGUGUUGGGCUUUAGCGUAGCUUUUCCACAUGAUUAAAUGUAAAAGUAUUUGUACUCUUACUCUGAAUUAACAGGUGAGUUGCUGCAGGUAAGUAGAGUACGGACAACAGAUAAGUGAUGUUCAGGUAACUUAUUAAGACCUGUCUCUACUCUCUGUGUUUGGAUUUU